ACAGACGACAAACUAAAAUAUUGAGCGUUUGGUAAAAGAUCGGCUCUACUUUGGGGCUGUAUAAAACUUUAAUCAGAACUGCCAUAAACAAGAAGACACACGGCGGACUGCGCGAGGAGUCGCAUCAAUCACGCGCAAUGCUGCGAGGCUUCACACCUUCGCACUGAUCGGACUCGGCGCGUUUCGUAAGUCAUCGCUGCGUUCCGUCGAUUCCGUCAGUCACUCGGACACUACGUUCCAAUAAAAACCUAUUUUAAAAGCAGCCUUUCCUGUCCCGAGCACAUUUAUCAAUAUCACUGACGCCCCCGGGACCCUCUCCAGCUGUGCCGUCAUAAACCCCGCUGGUUACCGUCACUUUUCAACAUGAUCAACACCUCUUGCCAAGGGUAGUUGAGAGCUAUGGAACCUUCUUGUAAACCCUGUGAACUGGAUAUUUGCUUCUCCAACCUCAAUUAAGAGUCAAAGACAAUUUUCUGUAGUCAAGAUGCAGAUUCUUUCAGCUGUUUUGCUCCUUUUCUGUUUGCACAAGUGUUGUUGGAAGGUCACAUGCAGAAGAGUCCAUAUUCCAGAGGUGGGUCUUGUGGACUGGGGGGAGUUUGAAAACGAGGAGCACCCCUCCCCCAAAAGCGGCAGCCCCCGCGUUCUCAAUCCCCUUCGCCUUUUCACCCGGGGAUCCCCUGGGUUCAAGAGCAACAGGAGGGAGAUUACAUAUUUGGAAAACAUCGAGGACUCUUGGGACUGGUUAUCUAACCAGACGGAUGUCAGAGAGGUGCAGAGCAGGACUAAACGCAGACCAAUCGUGAAAACGGGCAAGUUUAAAAAAAUGUUCGGCUGGGGUGACUUCAACUCCAACAUCAAAACUGUGAAACUAAAUCUCCUCAUUACAGGCAAGAUAGUGGACCACGGCAACGGCACGUUCAGUGUUUAUUUCCGCCACAACUCCACGGGCCUGGGGAACGUCUCCGUAAGCCUGGUGCCGCCUUCCAAGGUGGUGGAGUUUGAGAUCGCCCAGCAGUCCACCCUGGAGACGAAAGACUCGAAAUCUUUCAACUGUCGUAUUGAGUACCAGAAAACAGACCGCAGCAAAAAAACUUCACACUGCAGCUAUGACCCGUCCAACACGUGUUACCAAGAAUCCACGCAGAGCCACGUGUCCUGGCUCUGCUCGAAGCCCUUCAAAGUCAUAUGCAUCUACAUUGCCUUCUACAGCACUGACUAUAAACUGGUGCAGAAAAUCUGCCCAGAUUACAACUAUCACAGUGAAACGCCAUACGCAUCCAUGGGUUAAGAUCCAGUCCAUCCUAGACAGUGAGAACGGUCAACCUCAUUUUCAUCAUAUUUCAUUUGAUUUAGAAGCAAUUAAAAUAAAUCCAGAUGUUUCACAUUAGGCUACACUAUUGGCUUUUGGCUUAAAACGUCCCACAUCCAUCCCAAGGUUUGAGUUCCAUUGGGAAUUUUUUUUUCCGAAAACACAUCUUUCGCUACUGCUCAUGUUAAUA